UCUAUAAAGCAAACAUGCUAAUGUUGAAUAAGACAGCUGGAGUUUUGUCUAGCCCAUCAAAUAAGACAAUUUACGAAUUUUUAAAAAGUUUUACUUUUCAUCCUGGAAAACGAUUCCUUCAUAAACUAGUGUUGGGAAUUGAAACCAGUUGUGAUGAUACAGCAGCUGCUGUGGUGGAUGAAACGGGAAAUGUCUUGGGAGAAGCAAUACAUUCCCAAACUGAAGUUCAUUUAAAAACAGGUGGGAUUAUUCCUCCAGUAGCGCAACAGCUUCACAGAGAAAAUAUUCAUCGAAUAGUGCACGAAGCUCUUACUGCCAGCAGAAUUUCUCCAAGUGAACUCUCAGCAGUUGCAACCACCAUAAAGCCAGGCCUUGCUUUAAGCUUGGGAAUAGGUUUAUCAUUUAGCUUGCAGCUAGUAGAUCAAUUUAAGAAGCCCUUCAUUCCCAUCCAUCAUAUGGAGGCCCAUGCACUUACUAUUAGGUUAACUAAUCAUGUAGAAUUUCCUUUUUUAGUUCUUUUGAUCUCUGGAGGACACUGUCUAUUGGCAUUAGUUCAAGGAGUUUCAGAUUUUUUGCUUCUUGGAAAGUCUCUUGAUAUUGCACCAGGUGACAUGCUUGACAAGAUAGCAAGAAGACUUUCUUUAAUAAAGCAUCCAGAGUACUCCACUAUGAAUGGUGGAAAAGCCAUAGAACAUUUGGCUAAACAAGGAAAUAAAUUGUAUUUUGAUCUCAAACCUCCCAUGCAACGUGCUAAAAAUUGUGAUUUUUCUUUUUCUGGACUUCAAAACAUUGUUGACAAAAUAAUAAUGCAAAAGGAAAAAGAGGAAGGUAUUGAGAUGGGACAAAUCCUGUCUUCAGCUGCAGACAUUGCUGCUGCAGUACAGCACACAGCAGCGUGUCACAUUGCAAAAAGAACACAUCGUGCUCUCCUGUUUUGCCAGCAGAGAGGCUUGUUAUCUCAGACUAAUGCAGUACUGGUUGCAUCUGGAGGCGUUGCAAGUAACCUGUAUAUUCGAAAAGCUCUAGAAAUUGUAGCAAAUGCAACUCAGUGCACUUUGUUGUGCCCUCCCCCUAGACUGUGCACCGACAAUGGCAUUAUGAUUGCAUGGAAUGGCAUUGAAAGAUUACGUGCUGGUUUGGGUAUUUUACACAACACAGAAGGCAUACGCUAUGAACCAAAGUGUCCUCUUGGAAUAGACAUAUCAAAAGAAGUUGGAAAAGCUGCCAUAAAAGUACCACGAUUAAAAAUGAAGAUUUGAUAUUUGUGUU